AUGCCAAGACGCCGCAGUUCUUAUGAAUAUAGUGAUGAUGAGAUGCGCUAUGGUGUCUCCCAUCCCUCUCGCCCGAGCCGUCUCUACGAAUCCAGCCACCCUGUCAAAGAAGGCCACUUUCGCGAAGUGAAAUCCACUGCUAGAGGGCCUGAGAGAGAACGGGUCGUCGAGCACCAUGACCGGCCAGUCCGAAGGCAUCAUAAUCAACAUAGUGGCAGACAUGGGCAGGGUGAAAUAAUGCCUCACCGUGAGGCACGGCAAUCUGGUCGUCGUGGCCGAUCCCUGCACAACGAAGAUGAUGUUGAAUACCGAAAACGUGGAGAUCACCAUCACCAUCGAUCUCAUACUCGAGCUCGUAGCGAAAACCGCCUUGUGGAGGUAGCUACGGCGGCCCUAACAGCAGGCGUUACGGAGGCUAUCCGAGCACGACACGAUCCAGAGAGAUCUCGGCGAGCCGUUACGGCAGCCGUGAGUGCCGCAGCCAUGGACGCACUCGUGAGCAAAGACGAUGACGGGAAAAGAGGACGCCAUAUCGUGGAAAGUGCGGUCGGCGGAAUGAUAGUCGAUCGCCUAGCCAACGGUCGUUCAAGGAAAUAG